AUGAGUCAAGCUGGGUCCGAAAAUGGGCUUUUGGAAUUUGAAACGGCGAUGAAAGAUUUUCAAGAAAUGUUUCCCGAUUUCCCUAGAGAGCGAAUCGAGCGAGCUUUACGCGCAAAUGAGGGUGAUGUGGCCAACACCAUUGAUCAUUUGCUUGCUGAGGGGCACAAUGAGCCAAAUUCUUCAUCGAGUCCGCCCGCGAAACCCCGUCCGAUCACCCAGCAGCGCCGUGCUCAAUCGAACGACCUUUCCGAUACAUAUGCACAGGCUCACUCAAUAAACGAAUCUUUGCUGAGAAAUGGAGCAGCGCAAAAUUUUCGUCACGCUCCGUCGACUUCACAUCGAGCUCGUGAGCCGAGAUUGAGUGUGGAUGAGAUUUGUCGAGAGACGGCGAUCCUCCGCCAUAAACUCAACGAAAACGAGCAAAAAUUGGAUCGAGUAUGUGAUGAGAGAGAAGCAAGAAUUCUUGAAGACGAGCAAAUCGCGUUAAUGUUACAAAAUAAGGAAUUUGUUUCGUAUUUGAAAAGAGAUCCCGAAUUUGUGCGAGAUGUCUUUGGGAAUAAUCGAGUCCCACCAAAUUACAAUGCAUCAAUCCGGAAACCAAAUCGAAAUUGUUACAUGCCUGCCCAAGCCAUGCAACCAGUUCCCGAUGGUCCAGUUGUUGAUGGACUUGUAAUCAACUCAAAGCCUGGAUUCGCGCAAAAGAUGAAAACAAAACUCAACACAAUGACGAAAGGACACCCGCCACCUGUUUACACUCCUCAUGCAACAACAAGUGCCGAUGCAUACGAGCAAUCAGUGGGCGCUGAUCCCUUUCCGCAUACAGUAACCCUUGGCUACAAUCAAACAAAUCAAGACACUGAAUUUAAAGCUCGCUUAAAAGAUAUGAGCAAAUCAUCAAAAGCGAGACUCACACAAUUGGCUUCAUUGUUCAAGAAAGAACGGCAUUCGUCGAUGGAUGGACCUCUUGUAAAUCAGCCUUAUCAAAGAAAUCGAUCUUCACUUGACGGUCCCUCAAUCGCUCCACCUCCUUAUCAACAACGAGACUACUAC